AACUUACCAUACACUGCUCUUCCUGUGCCUAUGCAUUAUAGCAAUAAAAAUCUAUUGUUCACAAAUCUCUUUAUCCAUAGGUACCUAGUUCCAGUUGAGAUAGAUGACCCAUGUAGGGGGAAAGCAAACCUGUUUUAAUUAACUAAAUUCUCUUAUAUUUGUUUUAUCUUAAAAGUGUGUAAUUGUGAAAAAUAUUACUGUAGUGAAUCGAGUGAACUUAGUGACCAUGGAAUGCCAAGUGAUGAAGCGUGAUAACUGUUGGAUCAACGAAGUCAAGAAGGUUCUGAAACCGGUGGACUAUGUUCCGAAUCGGUACGGCGAUCGCUUCAUUCCGCGCCGAUAUGCCCAAACCAGUUCGAGCCGUUUCAAGGCGGAAUGCAAAGCCGAUAGAGGCACCGACGUGAUGCGUAUGAAGGAACGGAAGGGCUACUGGAAGUCCCACUCGUUCGCCACGGUAUUCAACCAGAUGUUCGAUCUCAGCCCACGGAUGGAUAAGAUUCUUAACUUUCGUGACGCAACCAAUCAGGAAAUAUGCAAACGGCUGGAGAUUAGAGAGCCGCUGCUGAUGCAGCAGGAACCCAUGUACAAGAACGAUCACAAACUGGACUGGGGCUGUCGGCCGCGGUCCAAGCCGCUGGCUUUCAUCGAGUCGGUGCACGAUCUGCCCCGGAUCAAGGUGGAGUACACGAACAUUAUCGACUGGUCGGCCAAAGGGCAGAUAGCGGCUAUCUUCAGCAAGAAGCUGGUGAUCUGGACCCCGAACACCGAAGUGACGUGCGCCUACUGUGCCCUAUAUACGACGGGGAUUGCGUUCAACCCGGCAGGGGAUGCGUUGGCGAUGGCCACGUUCACCAUGUCGAGGCCGGUUCUCCGCCUGCUGAAUUGCCUUCGCCCGAACGUCAAGGCCAACGUUUCGCAGAUGAAGGUUUUCCCCCAUCUUGAUACAGAUAUCAGCUGUUUGGCGUGGCACUCGAGCGGCCGGUACAUCGCAUGCGGUCUGGGAAACGGCCAGAUAAUGAUAAUACGUGCCCGCGAUUUCGAGAUCAUGCCGGGCGUGGUUGGGCCGGUACACUAUUACAGGAUUGUCAUGGUCAAGUUCUCGGCGACGUCCAAAUAUUUGGCCUCGACGGAUGAGUCCGGGCGGUUGUACAUCUGGAGCUGGAACGCCAACGGCGAGCUGCGUCCAUUGACGGCCUGGGUCAGCAACGAGGGCGUAGCCUCGGUCUUCGACUGGCACCCGUGGCGCGAAGAGGAGAUCAUUAUCGCUGAUACGGAGCCCGUCACGAUCGCCGUGUAUCACGUGGCCAGCAAGCAGGUGCUCUCGUUUCAUCGCCGCCGUAACGUGGACUGCCUUAUCACGGCGCUGGCAUUCAAUAAGAUUUCCGGCGAGCUGGUCGUUUCCUACGCGUAUCCUCCACAAACGGGUAAAUCACCCGAUAUGUUGGUGCUUGCCUCGAUGGAUCGCGUCGUGGAUGCCAUGGAGAAUCACGAUGACCACGUUGCGCACCUUUUCUGGAGCCCCGACGGCAAGCAGCUAGCAAGUGCCGGCUGCGACGAAAUGCUGACCAUUUGGAAUUUCUUCGGCACCUCGCCCAACGGCACGCAAAAGGGCUCGUCCUCCAGUCAACCAAAGGAUCGAAAUCGAAAAAAGGAACUGAUGGGCGGCUUCGAUUAUAGCUUCCUCUUCAAACCGAUGCGCUAAAUGGUAACAUAAAUGCCAACAACAACCACAACACCAAACGGUCAUGUCCUCUCCAAGUCUAAAUGUGCAAAAUCUGGCGGAAAAGUGUUUUUAAGUCGUACUAGUGCUAGUAGUAGCAAGCUGCUCCCGCGGGGGCCUCCUGGCUGUUUGUUUUUCCCUAUGAGAUAUGACAUACUACAAGAAGGAACCCGCCCAGAAGCACCUCCAGCAAGACACGAGUUUCCACGUGACGGGGAGAGUCCAGCACAGUCCGCACCGCUAACAAUAGACAGCAAUCGCCAUCUCUCCGAACCGUCACUAGUUUAGCUAUCAUUAGUGCACGACAGUCGAGCCCGCGACGCUGGACGUCGUCGUCAUGGAUGUGCCCAGAGAGAGGUACCCAGAUGCAUAUCCUCAGCCGUAGACACUCAACAUCGCCACAUUUUUAUGCACAAACAGCUGAAAAGACAGACAGACAAACAGACAGAAAACACAGGAGAGGGUAAUUAAAUUAAAUAUAUAUAAAUUCUAAUUGAAAGCCACCCACGCGAGAAAGUGCUGACCGAAGUACGGCACCUCUCGCGUUUGGGGCCCCUCGGGAUUCGAUUGGGGAGCACGCAAAUUUACAUACAAAUGAUAUAGGGGGCUGCGAGAUUUACAUAAAUGCAUAUGAUUUUUUACUCUUUUAC